AUGUGGAGGUAUCGCCGGACCGCUCUACAGAUUGCAGUCGCGCUUCGAGAGCACGAUCUGAUACAGAUACUCCUAGACCUGGGUGCAGACCCAAUUAGCAGCUCUCACAAUGGCUACACCGCCUUGCAUUGGCUGUUGUCGCCGGAAGAGCUCAUCGGCGAUAGGGAAACGAGGCAAUACGACAUGCGCCAGCCGCGCUAUCUAAAAUCUCGAAUCGCUGCAUCCGUCAAGGCUCUCGCACGACCAUUGUCCACCCAGGUAUCUGCAGUCGACAUACCCUGCAAGAACGGAAAGACGCCCCUCAUGCUUGCUGUGAUGGUCUCUCCAACGGCGACCAGAACGCUGUUGGACGAAGGCGCAGAGCCGAACAAGCGGGACGUUCGGGGCCGCACUGCCCUCAUGCACUUCUUUCAGGGAGGCUUCAGUGACCGGUCAACCUCGAUAUUGGAGCACCUCCUCCAUGCCGGAGCUGACAGCCGGGCGUCCAAUUCGUCGGGGAGGACGGUGCUGGGCUACUGGGCACGCUGCUUUAAUCCCUACAACAAAGCCUUCAGCGUAUUGGCUAGCCUUGGAGCACUCGCACAACGAGAUGCCUUGGUUCAGGAAAUGACCAGUCUGAAUCUUCCACUCGUGGUAGCGUCGCGACUCGGCAACGCCCAGCUCUGUUGGGCCCUGCUGGACGCAGGCGCGAACUCGGACAAACACGGGCUUGCAGCAAGCAGUCCACUGGGUGCCACAAGAGAAAUCGUCGCGGAUGACCUGGACGACUUGAUGUGGGACCCAGUCCUGCAUGCGUUGCGCGCAAAGGCAUACGUGACUACGGCAAUUCUCCUGGCAUACGGAGCCAAUGCUUUCUUCCAAGUACCAAAGCUCAAACGGACGAUGUACAACGAAUACAGCGUCGACAGGACGGGGACCACGCCGCUUCAUCUGGUGGCCGGUAGUAUGGACGACAAUAUUUCGCAUGAAAUGAAUGUGUCGGAAUAUGAGAUCAGAAAAUCCGUGUUCGUUGGCAAGGACAAGGGCGCAGCUAGGGUGCCGUUCGAUACCCUCUUUGGAUCUAACUUUUCCCCCAAAUCGCCCUGCGAUCCGCUCCUCGAUGCCACCAUCAACAAACUUCAGACACCUGCCGAGCGUCAAGAGGCCUUGGCCGAGUACAUGCUUCGAAACGGUGCGUCCGUAAACGCAAGAACCCGGCAAGGCAUCACCCCUCUGAUGAUCUCCAUAUGUCAAGGACAGUUGGACCUCGCCAGACAGCUACUCAAGCACGACGCCGACCCCAACAUUACUGCUGUUGGAGGCCGCACACCCCUAAUAGUAGCAGCGUGGGCCGGUCGCCGAGAUCUCGUCGAAGCUCUCCUUACCUCCGGCGCCGAUCCGAACGCGCAGCUCGAUGCUCGCUCUCCUGACACAUGCAGCUGCGUCGAGUUAAACCGGCAAGCGUACAGAAAAUCUGAUAACUGCCGCGCGCCGCUCAAUGCCCUGGCGUUAGCCGCGGAGCGCGGAUAUUGUGACGUCGUUGAGGCCCUACUUCACCAUGGUGCGGAUGCCAACUUGCCUAUCGUACAUCACGUUCACGGAUGGGUCCUAUCGAGUGGUGAGCGGCGUCGCCAGGGGGGGUCAUGCACGCCUAGUUCCUCGGACGCCGAGAUGGGGCUGGAGACGGAGCUGAAGCGGUGUCAAGGACGCAUCAGCGUCGGAACCGCGCUGACAUGGGCCCGGGGAGAAGUGCGGAAUUUGUUGCUGCGUCAUGGCGCGGACCCCACCAAAGAGGAGGCGAUACGGAAAUGUGAUUGCUUGAACAUCGGAGAAGAGGAGGAGAAGGGUAGAUUUGGGCAAAAUUACGACAACGACUAUCCGACGGGCGAGGGGAGUGAUUCUGACAAACAUUUGCCAUGA